AUGUACUACCUCUUGGCUUCUGCUUUGUCGGCGGCUGUACUUUCGUCUGCUUCGCCUCUGGAAUCCCGCCAAUCUGAUCCAUGCACUAAGAUCGUCAAGCAAACAUGGUCCAAGCCUUCGGAAGUCAGCUCGUGUCUCUCAUUCUUUCCGUUCAAUGCGACCUUGAGGGAUAAUGUCGCAGAUGUUCUUAGCCAAACAUUCUCCCAGUUUCACACUUCUACUAAUUUUCAUCUGAAGAUGCCUGAACCAUUUACGGAUGAUACAAUCGACCUCCUUGGGGAAUUUCAGCGGAUCAAGAAGACUACGUACAAGUCAGAUUUCGAGCUGCAUCGAGACAUUUCUACGACAGUCAAGAGGCUAGGUGAUAGCCACGCAGGAUAUGUAAAUUAUUGCUACGACUCGCUUUUUAGCACGUAUCUUCCCUUUCCGCUCGCCAUACUUGCUCGUCCUGGGGCCGAAGAUGUGCAAAAUAUCCACAUCGUGCCUGAAGCAUCCGAAGUCGUCGCAAGUGAAUUUGGAGCCGAGGCCAUCGAGAUUUGGAAGGCUGCCUUGGGAGGGAAGAAUCUCACAGACUUCAAUGGAGCCCAAAUAAUUUCCAUUAAUGGGCAAGAUCCAUGGACUGUAAUAGAUGCUUAUGCUGAAACUGCUGGAGGAUUUCAAGCAAAGACCACUCGCCAGAAUGGCUUCUUUGCUUCUUACGACUCAUGGGACUACAACUUGGGUGGAUUUGCUCAGAAAGCACUUCCACCAUCCAGCGAUACGGUAUCCCUGACCCUCGUAAGAAAUGGGACCACGUCACAAGAAACUUACGAGAUACCGUAUCUGUCAAGACUUGGGAGUGAGACUGUCGAGUUUACCGACGCUAACAGUCUCUGGGCGAACAACUGUCUACCAACCCGAAAGACCAACGGAGGACCAGUAUCCAACACUGUCGCGAGUUCCAAAAUGAAAACUGCGGCCGGCGCUGGACCAUCCAGUGAAGAAGACCCGUUGAGGGAGCCUGCCAAGUUUCAGAGAGCUCCUAUCAUCCCUCCCAUCACGGAAGGCCGGCGCGAAACUUUUGCAAACCUCGUUUACGAUGAGCCCCGGGACAUUGCACUUCCAGAGCACUUGACUCCUAAUGGUUCAGUAAGCGGUUAUGGGGCUUUAUCCUGGUACAUGCUCGAAGACAAAAAAACGGCGGUUUUGUGGUUAGGCUCCUUUGAUGGUAGAGCUAUUGAGGUACGAAAAUCGAUACUCAAUGGCCUGAAAUCUGUCAAGGAAAAAGGAGCAGAGCGUCUUCUCAUCGAUGUCACUAAUAACGGCGGCGGCCUAAUAUGCACUGCGAGCUUCCUGCAUCGUGUUCUUGCUGGACCUCAGCCUGGUCUUGACGUUCAGCCUGGGUUGGAUGGGAGUGUUCGUGCACAGGACCUUCCUCAGAAGAUAGUUGCUAAGAUCGUGGCUGGUGGACUUCCUGAAGAUGAUUCAUCCUAUUAUAACCCUUCCAACUACAAAGACGUGAAAGGAAACCAAUUUGCAUAUAACUUUAACUGGCUUAACCCGCCUAUCAGUGUACAAGUUAAUGGCAUUUCCGACAAGUUUUCGCAAAAGAUUGGUGACACAUGUCUUCCAUUUUCUCAAACUCCUCCCGACACUCAACCAUUCGCGUUCGAGAACAUCGCGAUCAUGAGCAACGGCCGAUGCGCUUCCGCAUGCAGUUUGUUUAGCAUAAUGAUGAGGACCAAGUACAACGUCAAAACAGUCGUUAUGGGCGGUAAACCAGGAACUACACAGCAAUAUUGUGGUGUUGUCGGGGGGCAAUCUUUGAGCUUUGUACCCCUGAAUGUGGAACUCAAAACGCUUGGCCUUAAGAACGAUACCCUCGCUCCACCCGACUUUUUGACAAACAGUUAUCAAGGCAUUAAUUGGAAGUUGGUAUAUUCGCCGUUGGAUCCCAACUCUUUCGAAGAGUUCCAGAGUCAUCCUGCCCAAUUCUCGUUCCCUCUUUUCCCUAACACUGUCAACAACCCUCAAGCGAUCUGGAAAGACUUUGCUGAAAGAUGGAGCAAUGACACCGAACUUCGCGGGGGUGGGAACCUUCAUUUCAUGCAUCAUGAAUCAGCAGAGCCUCGUCGUAUCGACAGCUACCUUAGCUUUGCUGCAAUCGAUUCCGCCGAGCGAGUUCCUCAGGUCACCAAUCCAAACCAUACUACAAACGAUUCUAGAUUUAAGCACGGAGAGUCUUUCCGCGACCCAUUUUCCGGAGACAAAGCUGGCGAGGAGUUUUCGCAUGAUGCAAUAGUUUGGAAACUGUAUCGGAGCGAAGCUGAAGAAUACGAUCAAGAAUUGGUUAAAGGCCGACAUGCUAGUUUGGAUGUGUUGUUGUUGUUUGCUGCUCUAUUCUCAGCUAUCUUAACAGCAUUCCUUAUCGAGGCCAAAAAUAUGUUGCAGCAGGAUCCUGCUGACACCACCAAUGCCUUGCUCUUGAUUAUUGUACAAAAUCAAGCCAACGGGGUCGCUGGGCUCUCUUCUAUUGACGAGCCACCGUUCUCAGCUUCGUACGCGGCACUAUGGAUUAAUGGACUUUGGUUUGCCGCACUCGGAUUGUCGCUUUCCGCUGCUCUGGUUGCUAUGUUAUCCAAAGAAUGGCUGACGGCCUAUACUGCUUCUCGUCCACGACCGGCCCAUACACAUGCCCUUCUUCGACAAGCCCGAUUUGAUGGCCUGAAUAGCUGGUGGGCGCUACAUAUCAUUGCCCUGCUUCCGACGCUACUCCAUCUUUCCUUACUGUUGUUUGCGCUUGGUUUAGUUGUUUAUCUAUGGAUGCUCGAUGUUGCUGUCGCAGUUGUUACUUGUGCCAUCGUCGCUCUGACUUUGAUUUUUUACCUGACAACAACUUUACUUGGAGCUAUCGUCCCUUUCUGCCCAUUUGUAACGGAAAUCUCUCGGUAUUUACAGCAAGGAUUUGGCAUCUGGUUUAUGAAAAGGCCACGACUCCUACACCCAGAAAACAGGUCCCCCGAUCGCCAGACUGCUACUACUAGCCUGGAAGAUAUCCGCGCUGUCUCUUGGCUCGCUGAGAAUGCCCGUGACCCAGUGGUUGUCGAUUGCUCAUACCAGGCUCUCGCAGGCGUUUGUUUGUCAACCGAGGUAAUGGAUUCGAAUGAACAUAACAAAGACGAAUCGAAAGAAUGGUACAAAUAUUUAGAGCCCAUGUUUCCGGAGCUAAUUGGCCGAUUUGAGGCAAGCAUUCGGAAGAGUAGAGAGAUGGCAUCAACGCGCGGAGCAAACCUUGCACGAUUCGCCAGGGCCACUGUGCAAUUAUGCGCAUUUUUGGACAAUAGCGCACAUAACACUCAGCCACCCAACCGCAAGAAUGGACCGAAACCCAGAUUUCGAGAUGGGAUAAGACCAAGACUCGAAUCUCUGGCUUUUUCUUCUUCCUCCGAACCGCCCGUAAUAGCCUCUCGUAUGGAAGUCGCUCUUGGAGCGCUUGAUGGAGUUUGGAGAGAUGAGCAUCCGCCAUUUAGUGCUGAUUCUUAUGCAUCUCUGACAGCUGCAGAACUCAGGCUAGUCGCACUCAACUCGGCCGCAUUAUGUGGCCGUGCUUUGCCUGACACCUUGGGACCUUCAACCUUGAAUAUCGCCAUUGAUAUGAGCUUGCCGUCACAGAAGCGUCUCUCUAUUCUAACGCUUCAAAAUACCUACUACCGCUCGUUAGCCCGCGCCUCGGUUCAACUUCGCUAUCAUUCGGAUGGACGCACGCCUAUUAACUCAUUCGCUCUAUAUUCUCCCGACGACGCGACCCCUGAUGAGGGCCAAGUCACGGAGCCACGCGCUGGCUUCUCUCGUCCGCGAUCCAAAAAUGACAGGACAUCCAACUUUAUCAUUCCAGUCUUUAAUUCUGAAAACUAUAUUCGACCUACGGCCCUCUUUCAUGGCCCGCUCGGAUCCAUAGUGCGUGUUCUUGCAAGCGCGCCUCUGCGUCCGCAUGGUACCGAAGUGAUUUCCGAUCGGUAUGCCACGGGAUUGAAGAUAAGAUUGGCUGCGGUCCGAGCUCUCGCGGCUGUCGCCCCUUUUGUGCUUCAGCAAUGGUUUAGAGAAAAAAUAUCUCGCUCAGGAAACGCUUCGGCUCCUCAAGAACCAGCUUCUAUCCCGGACACAAGCAAUUGGCCAGACGUUGAUGCUACGAUAACCGACUCCCAAAAACUUGAGGGCACAAUUGCAAGUCACUUGCUCCUCGUUGUAAAGGUGAUCGGGCCAUACAUCGAGCGUGCGGGGGCUAUGUCGCUUGUUGAACUCUCGCUAGCUGAGCUUAACCGAAUUGCCAACACCUCGCCAUUUAGUGCGCAUCUCGCUCUCCGACGUCGCGCUUCUGUAGAUUUUGUUCCACUCCUCAAGUUUGCUGCCAUAGACGUCAAGGCUGCUGACGGAAGACCGUUGAUGAACGAAACUACUAAAUCACAUAUACUCAACCUCCUGACGUUUGAAAUCUCGGGAAAGAAUCAAGUUCCUCGAGUACCCAUCGCUCCCGAGUCCCUUCCGUUGCUUCUUCGCGUUGCUCAGGAUGUUCCUAAUCAUACGGAUCUGGUUCACGCUGUCUUGAAAUAUGUCGUUAGUCGCGUUCGUGAAACCAAAGAUAACAUCGGAUAUCUGCGAGUAUUUACCCAUUCAAACCAAGGAUACCCACUACUCCUGGCGAUUGGAAGAUUGCACCAAGCUAAUAUCGAACCUCUAGUAGGAGCAAUCCUACAAAUCGCUUACAUUUCGGCUGGAAACGGGGUUAUAUCACUGCAAGACGGUGUUGCGACUGGAGACCUGGCCAUCCCCGGAUUCUUGGACGCAAUCUCACUGGUCGUUCACCACACCCACCGGGUCGCGGAUAAGCCCAACUAUCGUCAUUUACACUCACUUGGACGAAGUCUUGUCAGCACCAUCCAAAAUAUCGGUGAUCAGUCUGCCCGAAUGGUUCUGGAGCAUCAUGCUCUAGAUGAACUAAUAGACGCAUUGCGAACUCAAAGUGACCACUCGGAUUCCACAUUGCAGUCUCGGAACAAGGCCGCACUCAAUUCUGAGCCCAAGUUUGUCAGAAACAAUGAGUAUCUGAUAAACCAGCUAUUGGCACUCAAAACUCGAUACCUCUCGGACUCGGUAUCUUCCGCAGCCAAGCAGGAAAUUGACCAGAGCUAG